UUGCAAAACUACAGCUCCCACUGUCCCAUAGCAUUGAACCACAGCAGUUCAACUGUAUCCAUUCUCCUGUGAAGACGCGCCCUAGGAUUGCAAUGAUGGGCCCAAACUGGCACUUACUAUUUCCUACCUUUCAGUGGCACACUCGCUUUCUCCUGAGAAAAAAAUUAUAAUAUCACAAAGGACUACCACCUCACCCACUUCAUAGGAUAUCUGCUACAAAACGGGAGCUUUUUUGUUUAAAUUCUAGGGCCAUAGAAGCAGGUGGCAAAAACAGAAGAACUGCCUGCCUCAGGGGAGCGUUUAACAUCUACACAAAUAACCAGCCAUUGUCAGAAGGCACAGUGUCAUCUAUGCUGACGAUCAUGCCAUCACCGCUCAAGCAGGGAACUUUGAAAUGGCUGAACAGAAGCUCUCCGAAGCUUGAGGUGCUCUUACUGCCUAUUGCAGGGAAAACAGCUGAUCCCUAAUCCAUCUAAAAUGCAAACAUGAGCUUAUCACCUUAAGAACAGACAAGCAUCUCGAGCUCUGAGGAUUAGCUGAGAAGGAAUCCCACUGCAGCAUGACAGCACACCAAAAUACUUGGGAGUUACCUGGACCAUGCCCUGACUUACAAGAAGCACUGCUUGACUAUCAAGCAAAAUGUGGCUGCUAGAAAUAACAUUGUACGAAACCUAACUGGCACAACCUGGGGAUGACAACCAGACACAGUGAAGCCCUUGCGCUUUGCUUCUCUGCUGCUGAAUAUGCAUGCCCAGUGUGGAAUACAUCUCACCAUGUUAAAACAGUGGAUGUGGCUCUUAAUGAGACAUGCCGCAUCAUCACAGGAUGUCUAUGCCCCACACCACUGGAGAAAUUAUACUGUUUAGUUGGCAUUGCACCACCUGACAUCUGCUGGGAAGUAUCAGCCAGCACGCCAACACCUUAAAUCAAUAAAUAGUUUUCCAAGAUCUACAGAGAUACUCACAGGAACACUUCAGCAAGCGAGAGUCCAAAAGUGGCAGGUUAAAACACGGAACCUCAAUCAGUGGCUGACGCCAGAUGAGAGACUCCCUCCUGAGCACAAAGAAGACUGUGCGACUUGGAAGGCGCUGAAUGGACUGCGCUUUGGCACCACGAGAUGCAGAGCCAAUCUUAAGAAAUGGGGCUACAAAGUGGAGUCCACAGCAUGCGAAUGUGGAGAAGAGCAAACCACAGACCACCUAUUACAAUGCAGUGUGAGCCCUGCCACAUGCACUAUGGAGGGCCUUCUUACAGCAACACCAGAGGCAUUCCAAGUGGUCAGCUACUGGUCAAAGGACAUUUAGUAUAAUGCCAAGUUGUUGUUUUUUAAAACUUUGUGUUUUCAAAUACAUUACAACUUGUACCCUCAGUUCACUUCUGACACGAUAAAUAAAGAGGCAGACAGGACAGUACAUGUAUCCCCCCCCAAAAAAAAAAUAUUGUGACAGAUACGACAGCUACAUUUAAAUGCCAUUUUGUUCAUUUUCAUUACUUCCUCCUUUCUGUUGAAAUUGUCCACAUACUUGUGGAUUUCUACAUAGAACACUCUGAAAAACAAACAGUGGAAACCAGAACAAAAAAGCCCAGAAAACUCACAUAAACCAACAACAAAAAAGCCCACUAUAUGGUUCAGAGAUUUGGAUGACACCUUCACCAUUUGGAGCCAUGGAGAAGAACUAAACAAGUUCCUGGACCACCUCAACAGCAUCCGCCCAAACAUCCAAUGCACCAUGAAAAAUGUCCUUGCAGGCGGCCAAUUCUCUCCCACCAGAAGCGACUUGCAGUUUUUCAGGUCGCUCCUUCAAAAAAAAAAAAACACAUUGAAAAUGAAAAUGAAGAAAAACUGCCAUUUAUAGAUGUCCUAGUCAUCUGCAAACCCAAUCAACAAUUGGGCCACACAGUUUACGGAAAACCUACACACACUGAUAGAUACCUACAUAAAAACUCCAACCAUCACCCAAGUCAAAAAAAGAAGCACAAUUAAAGCCCUGGCAGAUGAUGCAAAAAGUUUCUGUGAAUCCCACUUCCUGCAAGGUGAACUGAAUUACCUAAACUGGGCUCUAGAUACUCCACUACAGACAUCAAAAGAGCUGCAAGGCCAAGAACAAGCUAUGAGAGGCAAGACAAAAAAAUCACCCAGAGGAAAAGUGUUCUUACCGUACAUCAAGGGAACCACUGACUGCAGAGGGAAGCUGAUGAAGAAAUACAACCUACAAACUAUCUAUAGACCCAAUCCAACAAAUGCUACAUUCAGCAAAGGACAAGAGGGAUCCUCUCACCUCUGCAGGUGUCUUCCAUGCAGCUGUGGACAAGUCUACAUAGGGACCACCAAACGCAGCAUUGCCCAAGGAACAUGAAAGCCACUGCAGACUAAUUCAACCAGAGAAGUCAGCCAUUGCAGAGCACCUGAUGAACCAACAUGGACACAGCAUGUUAUUUGAGAACACAGAACUGCUGGACCACUCUUCCGGCGGCGGGGGACUUCCGGCGGCGGGGUAAUGGCGACAGGCUGGGUCCACCGAGAGCUCUUGGUGUGCCAACCGCAGGUCUGACCUGGUAGAGCAACAGCUCCCUCUUUCCCCUCGGAUCGAGACUGGGGAAAGACGCCGGCGUCAGGGGAUCUUUCUCCGACAGCCCCAAUGACCCUCCCCCCUCAAGGGAGAGGUUCUAGUGGGUCCGGAGGACCUCGGCUGGCGGGUCAACAGCGGGAAGCGGGAGCAACCGCACUAACUGCCAGCCAAACCAUCGCCGAACCCAUCGGGGAAAAAAACAGCAGCGACGGGCAGACCAAUCGCCGCCGUCUGCUUAAUUGUAUAACAAGUAGUCCGGACAAGCCAAACCGCAUGGUGAGUCAAUCUCAGUAGCGAUAAAACAUUUCGGAAGUAUUUUUAGUUAAAAUAUAGACAAUAUAAAGUAUAAACAUCCUAAUCCAAUCCAACUUACUGGUGACUCCGCUGGCGUGGUCGGGAGGAGUAGGACGAGGCGGAAAACAGAGGUGGAAAGAGGGAAAAGGAAGGAGGAAAGGUCUCUACCCAGAGGGUAGAGCGAGAAGCCCGGUGUCAGCCUUUGCAGUGCUGGGGUUUGGCUGGUGUAUGGAAGCGACCUUGGCGCCAUAUUGUUUAGUCUACGGGCUACCUUCUUUAAACAAUUGAGAGAGGAUCUGACGCAAGUGGGAGCAGUGGUGCUUCAGACAAUCUGGCAUGAGGAGGAGAUAGGAACUCUCAAUGCGGAAGCGUUUUCCGGAGGGACCACACUGCGAAGGACACAGGGCUGGUACGCGAAGAGGAACUCACAAACCGAAUAAGAAUUAAAAUAUAUAAUAUAAAAGAAAACAAGGGGUAGCGAAGUCAAAGGAAAGUAAAGCCAAAGGAAAGCGACAGCCCCCUAAGGAGUCAAGGAUCCAGAGGGAUAGGGUAGGAAGGAGGAGAGAUAAAUCAAACAAAAGGCAGCACCCGAGCUCGGGCCUCCCCCGGGAGGGUCUCUAAGUUUUCCCAUCUCUCUUGUCUCUCCUGUCCCUCCCCGCCCCCCUCAGCCAUAAGCCAUAAGCCCUGUGACCUCAGCAGUAGAUUGCAUUCUCAGAGGUAUUAACGAACCAUAACAGUUUGGAGCAAUGGCAACACCCAAAUGGAGAACAGAUAAAGAUAACAAAGACUCUAGACUAAAUGUACGAAGAACCUCCCUUCCAGAGGAGGGGGGCUUAAAAGAUAUUUUGAGAGAGAUUAGGAAAAUCUCAGAGAAACAGGACCAAUUGCAAAAUGAGGUCCAAAUGAUAGCUAAAAAGCAAGAUUUGCAACAAAAAACCCUGCAAGAAGAAUUGGCGGAUUUGAAAAAAGAGUGGAGAGGAGAGAUGGGGGCUAUGAAAAAAGGACUUAUAAAAAAUUCUAAUGAUAUAAAUGAAUUAAAAAUAGUGAACAGGAAGAACGACAAAAUGCAAACGAAAUUACAAGAGAAAAUGGAGUCCAUGGAGGAGAGGGAGAGAAAAUUGGAAAAAAUACAGGAAAAAUUGGAAUUCCAAUCACUGGAAUACCAAUUACGAUAUAGGAACAUUCAAGAGGAGGAAAAAGAAAAUAUCGGUUGGGUGAUCACACAAAUAACAGCUAAGAUUCUACAAUGCACAGAACAGGAAGCCUGCGGCCAAAUCGAUAGGGUUUACAGAAUUCAAUCGAACUUUACUAAGAAAAACAAAGUGAUUAAAGACGUUAUGGUUCACUUCUUGAAGAAAACCACAAGAGAUGAAGUACUCAGGAAAAACGCUUCAAAUCCUAUAUGGUAUAAAGAGAGAAAGGCGAUCAUAUUAAAGGAAUAUCCAAAAUCGAUACUAAACAGAAGAAGGAAGUAUUACUUCCUAACAGACGAACUCAAGAGAAGACAAAUAAAAUAUAGAUGGGAAAAAUAUGAAGGCCUAAUGGCCACAUACAAGGAUGACAGAAUAUGGAUCACUUCGGAAGAUGAAGCAAAGGACUUUUAUAGAAUGAUAAAGAAAGAUUUAAAUGUAAAUAGACUAUCACUAUCCUCAAGUAAUGGUAAGAAUCCUAAAGAAACCAAGAAGAGAAGAUUUGAUUCGCCGAAAGACAACGACCCAACAGUAGCUGAACUGGACUUGAUUACAGACCAAGAAGACUCUGACAUGGGAGAACCAACAGAAGACGAUGGAAUCCUCAAAGAUGAGUAAUCAAGGCUCCUGAUUGCAAGACUCUGGAAGUCAACGCAAGUACCGACAAAAGAACAGUGGUUGGAAAAAGUGAUGGAAAUCAAGAAUAUGGACCAACUAUCCUUCUGGAUUAAAAGAAGUAAUGGCAUUCCAUUAAAGGCUACUGACUGGUCUAAUUUUGAGGACUACUUAAGGAAAAAACUACAAAAGAAUUAAGGACUGAACUAACGGACUUAAGAGAACAGAAUCGGAAGACAAACAUCACCUCCCCAAUCCCCCUGCCCUAAUCCCCACCCCACCUUCUAUGUUCCACAGUCCCCCCCCUUUUUUUUCCCCAUCUCACCAUACCCAUAACCAUGUACCUGCCACCACCCUAACCCUAUCCCUAUCCCUACAGCUAAGACCUGCUUGCCUGUGUACCACCUGUUGAGGAAAAUCACAAUAAAAAUUACUUUUCAAAAAAUGUCAAGGGGAAACCUUUACCUUUACACACACACACACACACAUAUGAAUUGUAAGAUAAUAUAAAUUUCCACUUGUCACUUCUCCUUGCGCACCUACACACUGCAGCUGACACAGUUUGGGAAGUUCUGAUCUAGAAAAGCAAAUAUUAUUACAGUCUCAGUAACAAGAAUGAUAUGGUCUGGUUACAUAUUAUUUACCCAGAUGAGACAUGAGAGAAGCUUCCCACAAGGAUGGUAAAACAUCAAUACAUCUGGGUGUCCUCUUGGCAACAUCCUUGCAGA